AUGCCACUUCCAGGCCUAGAAGGCUACUACUCUGAUAGCACUGACGAUGAUACCAUGAAAAAGGAGAUCAAAAAGGAGCCUGGAGAGGAGGUAAAAAGGGUGGCCAACGUGGAUAUCUACUUCGGUAUCAAAGAGGAGGCGAAAGAGGAGGUCAAAGAGAAUAUCAGAGGCAAUAUUGACAAGCGAUUCGACAAGGCUGUUGAUAAGAAAGUUUUGUCCGACAGUGUUGUCUCUCCAAACCCCCAAUAUUUGACGCCUCUUCCAGUUGGUCAAACUUGGAAGACUUUAAUAGAAGCUCAUUAUGCGAUUAAUUACUUCAUUAAGGAUCACGGGUAUGGAACAAGUCAGUCGAACUCUGGUGGUGUUGCCAAAAGGAAUUUGAAAUGCGACCUCGAUUACAGCACAGAAAAGAAGAAGAAGAAGAAGAGGCAUGACCGGAAACAGAGUGUCCACAAGCGACACGAAUCUGCAUGCCCUUUCAAAAUCACUUUGAGGCAUCAAGAUGGCACCUGGCGCAUUGAUGGUUAUAAUGCAUCACAUAGUCAUGCACCUUCGCCAGCGUGGACCCAGCCGAGCCAGCGUAAGAUUAAGCGUGACAGGAAGAGAGAAGUCAUCAAAGAGAUGAUUCAACAAGGCAUGAGUAACACGAAAAUCCUCUUAGAAUUGGAAUUGGAUGAUCCGAAGUGCUUUCUCAGUUCGAUGGAUAUACGUGUAAUGAGAGCCAAACUCAAAAGACACCCCGCAACCAAAAUGCCGCUUACGAAGCUUCCAAAGAAGGAAAACGAUUGCGACCUCGUGAAUAGUAGUACGGGCGAUGAGCUUCCGGGGAUAGGAAUGGAUGAUGAGAGUGACUACAAGCCCUCAAAGGAGGGAAUGGAGAACGAUUUCCACGAGAUUACAAAGGAAGCAGUGGAUUAUGAGAGUGAUUACAAACUCUCAAAGGCGGAGAUGAAGGACGAGCUUUACAGGAUUCCAAAGAAAUACUUUGAUGACGAGACCGAUGGCAAGUUUCUGAAGGGCAAGAUGAAUAUCGAGCUCUACGAUAUCCCCGAGGAAAGAGGGAGCGAUGAAAAUGAUCGCAAUCUUCCGAAGGACGAAAUCAAGAAUGAGCUACACAAGACCCCAAAGGGAAAACUUGGAUGA